AUGGGUUUGGAAUGGGAGACGCAGCGACUAGGAGAUGCUGGGGUGAUUGAGGGUAAGAUGCAAGUGUGCCCCGUUCGUUCUUUUGUCACUAGUUCGAAAUGGGAUUUCCAUGGCCAAGGAGGUUGGAGUAUGAAGGCGCUGUGUAGCCAGACAUCCAAGCGACCACCAACAUGGACAACCAGUACAUGUAGUCGAUAUCCAAACCCAGCCUUCCCUUCACCCGAUACUCGGUGGAUAUCUCGGGGCAGCAUGUUCGGCGCGGCUCUGGUGCCGGCAGCUACCCGCCUAGCCCGGUCUCGCUUGCUCGAACGACUCCCAGCCUGCCAACACGCAAAAACCCGACGAAACAAAACGAAAGCGAAGAAUCUGGAGAUUCUUGGCUCCCAGCCUUCGGCCAGGCAAUCUUCUCCGCAAUACCUACCUUGCUGGGUAGACGCCAUUGUCGCCCAUGUUGUGCUUGCUUAUCGCGUAAUCGGCUUGGAAAAUGACGCCAAUCGGUGA